AAAAUGGGGAACUCCGAGAGUCAAUACACCCUUCAAGGAUCUAAAAAUCAUAGCAAUACUAUUACUGGUGCUAAGCAAAAGCCUUGCUCCCUGAAAAUACGCAGCAUUCAUGCAAAAGAUGAGAAGUCGUUGCAUGGAUGGAGUCACGGAGGUGGUGGAGCAGGUUACAAGUCCAGGUCCCUGGCCCGGAGCUGCCUUUCUCACUUUAAGAGUCACCAGCCUUAUGCAUCAAGACUUGGGGGACCCAUGUGCAAACUCUCCAAAGGCACUGCCUACUCCAAGCACAGGGCGAGCGCCCCAGGAAAUGAUUUCCAGGGCCACAGUGCUGCUUUCUCACCUGAGAAUGGCUUCCACUAUGUUGGCCAUGAGCCGGCGGAUAACCACAUCACCUCGAGAGACUGCAACGGACACCUUCUCAACUGCUACGGGAGGAACGAGAGCGUGGCCUCCACCCCACCAGGGGAAGACCGCCGGAGCCCCAGGGUGCUCAUCAAGACCCUGGGGAAGCUGGAUGGGUGUUUAAGGGUGGAGUUCCACAGUGGCGCCAACCACAGCAGAGGGCCCGCAGGGGACCCCAGUGGACCUGUGCAGCUGCUGAGAUACUCGCCCACCCUGGCCCAGGAGACCUCCCCUGUGUCCGAGGCCACAAGGGACUCCAGUGCCGGCUCCCCCGCCAGCCAGCGCCCUUCUCCCACCGACUCUCACCUGCGCUCCAGCAAGGGCAGCUCCCUGAGUUCCGAGUCGUCCUGGUACGACUCCCCCUGGGGCAACGCUGGGGAGCUGAGCGAGGUGGAGGGCUCCUUCCUGGUCCCCAGCACGCCCGAUCCCAGCCUCCCCAUCAGCUUCCCACCAGGUGAUGCCAAAAAGCCUUUCAACCAAAGCUCUUCCCUGUCCUCCCUCCGGGAACUGUACAAAGAUGCCAACCUGGGGACCCGCUCCCCCUCCGGCAUCUGCCUUUCCGAUGAGUACAUCGGCUCCCACACCUGCCUAAGCAACCGCGUUUCCUUUGCCUCCGACAUUGACGUGCCCUCCAGGGUGGAGCACCGGGACCCUGCCCAGUACGGUUCCUUCACCCUCCCCUGCCGCAAGUCCAGAGCCUUCACCGAGGACACUGCCAAGAAGGACACCCUCAAAGCCAGAAUGCGACGGAUCAGCGACUGGACCGGAAGCCUGUCGAGGAAGAAGAGGAAACUCCAGGAGCCACGGUCCAAGGAGGGCAGCGACUACUUUGACAGCCGCUCUGAAGGGCUGAAUGCAGAUGUGCAGGUGCCCCCUCCGGGCUCUGCGCUGCUGUGGCCAGGGGGCUCAGCUCACGUCCUGUCUCAGAGGAGCGAAUCUGCUCAUGCGAUUGGUAGUGAUCCCCUGCAACAGAACAUUUAUGAGAAUUUCAUGAGAGAGCUGGAAAUGAGCAGGACCAACCCAGAGCACAUAGAAACAUCCACGGAGACCGUCGAGUCCAGCAGCGAGUCACUCAGCUCCCUGGAGCAACUGGAUCUGCUGUUUGAGAAGGAACAAGGAGUGGUCCGGAAAGCCGGGUGGCUCUUCUUCAAACCCCUCGUCACUUUGCAGAAGGAGAGGAAGCUGGAGCUGGUGGCACGGAGGAAGUGGAAACAGUACUGGGUAACUCUUAAAGGUGAGUGCCCUGUGACCUGCUGUGGGCGGCAGGUGGCCCCGUCUUCCCCUGUGCUUGCCUGGGAAGUGCCAGUGAGGCAGGCCACCAGCCAGACAGACCUGGAAAACUGGGUCACGGCCAUCCACUCUGCGUGUGCAUCCCUUUUUGCAAAGAAGCAUGGGAAAGAGGACACGGUGCGGCUGCUGAAGAGCCAGACGAGAAGCCUGCUCCAGAAGAUCGACAUGGACAGCAAGAUGAAGAAGAUGGCGGAGCUGCAGCUGUCUGUGGUGAGCGACCCCAGGAACAGGAAGGCCAUCGAGAACCAGAUCCAACAGUGGGAGCAGAAUCUGGAGAAAUUUCACACGGACCUAUUCAGGAUGCGCUGCUACCUGGCCAGCUUACAAGGCGGGGAGCUACCGAACCCCAAGAGUCUCCUCGCAGUCGCCAGCCGUCCCUCCAAGCUGGCCCUCGGCAGGCUGGGAGUCUUAUCCGUGUCUUCUUUCCAUGCUCUGGUGAGUUCCUUGGGAGAGGAUCACAGUGGCUCUCCUUCUCCAGCUUGUCCCCCUCAGCUCCAAUUUUUAAACACUGUAAAAGGGUGGAUGCCAUAUGAACUUCUCAGAGCCAUUUUUUUUUUUCUCUCUUUUACCCCUGUCUGUCAGAUAUUUGAUUCGAAUAGCGGCCAUGGAUUUUCUGGAACCCAGCAACCUCAGAGCUCCACCAACUCCAGCGAGGUGGAUGAACUUCUGCAUCUAUAUGGGUCAGCAGCAGAUGGUGCUCCCCGCAACACCACGUGGGAAAUCCAGGCUUACAUUCACUUUCAGGACAAUCAAGGAGUCACUGUAACCAUCAAGCCAGAACACAGAGUGGAAGACAUUUUGACCUUGGCAUGCAAGAUGAGGCACUUGGAACCCAGUCACUAUGGCCUUCAACUUCGAAAAUUAGUUGAUGAGAGCUUUGAGUGCUACAUUCCUGCCCUGGGUGAAUACAUGCAAGAACAGGUUUAUGAUGAAAUAGAAGUCUUUCCACUAAACAUUUAUGAUGUGCACCUCACGAAGACGGGGAGUGUGUCUGACUUUGGGUUUGCAGUCACAGCCCAGGUGGAUGAGCACCAGCAUCUCAGCCGGAUAUUUAUCAGUGACGUUCUCCCUGAUGGCUUGGCAUACGGGGGAGGAUUGAGAAAGGGCAAUGAAAUCAUGACCUUAAAUGGGGAAGCUGUGUCUGAUCUUGACCUCAAGCAGAUGGAGGCCCUGUUUUCUGAGAAGAGCGUUGGACUCACUUUGAUUGCCCGGCCUCUGGACACAAAAGCAACCCUGUGUACUUCCUGGUCGGACAGUGACCUGUUCUCCAGGGACCAGAAGGGUCUGCUGCCCUCUCCCAACCAGUCCCAACUGCUGGAGGAAUUCCUGGACAACUUUAAAAAGAAUAUAGCAAAUGAUUUCAGCAAUGUUCCUGACAUCCCCACGGGUCUGAAGAGGAGUCAGACCGAUGGCACCCUGGACCAGGCGUCACACAGGGAGAAGAUGGAGCAGACGUUCAGGAGUGCUGAAGAGAUUGCUGCGCUGUGCAGGGACUUUACCGACCCCCAGACCAACAGCAUGGAGGGACCCAGGGAGAGCCAGGACCCGCCUCCAAGGCCACUGGCACGCCACCUCUCUGAUGCCGACCGCCUCCGGAAAGUCAUCCAGGAGCUGCUGGACACCGAGAAGUCCUACGUGAAGGAUCUGAGCUGCCUCUUUGAAUUAUACUUGGAGCCGCUUCAGAAUGAGACUUUUCUUACCCAAGAUGAGAUGGAGUCGCUUUUUGGAAGUUUGCCAGAGAUGCUGGAGUUUCAGAAGGUGUUUCUGGAGACGCUGGAGGAUGGGAUCUCGGCCUCCUCUGACUUCGAUGUACUGGAAACCCCCUCGCAGUUUAGAAAACUGCUGUUUUCCCUUGGAGGCUCUUUCCUCUAUUACGCCGACCACUUUAAACUGUACAGCGGAUUCUGUGCUAACCACAUUAAAGUACAGAAGGUUCUUGAGCGUGCCAAAACCGAUAAGGCCUUUAAGGCUUUUCUGGAUGCGCGGAAUCCCACCAAGCAGCACUCCUCCACCCUGGAGUCCUACCUCAUCAAGCCGGUUCAGCGAGUGCUCAAGUACCCUCUGCUGCUGCGGGAGCUCGUGUCCCUGACGGACCACGAGAGCGAGGAGCACUACCACCUGACAGAGGCACUGAAGGCAAUGGAAAAGGUAGCAAGCCACAUCAAUGAGAUGCAGAAGAUCUAUGAGGACUACGGGACCGUGUUUGACCAGCUGGUAGCUGACCAGAGUGGUCCAGAGAAGGAGGUAACAGAACUUUCCAUGGGGGAACUCCUGAUGCACUCUACAGUUUCCUGGCUGAAUCCGUUUUUGUCUCUAGGAAAAGCCAGAAAGGACCUUGAGCUUACGGUAUUUGUUUUUAAGAGAGCUGUCAUAUUGGUUUAUAAAGAAAACUGUAAACUGAAAAAGAAACUGCCCUCGAAUUCCCGGCCUGCGCACAACUCCGCUGACUUGGACCCGUUCAAAUUCCGCUGGUUGAUUCCCAUAUCGGCCCUUCAAGUGAGGCUGGGGAACUCGGCAGGGACAGAAAAUAAUUCCUUAUGGGAGCUGAUCCAUACAAAGUCAGAGAUAGAAGGACGGCCAGAAACCAUCUUUCAGCUGUGCUGCAGUGACAGCGAGAGCAAGACCAGCAUCGUGAAGGUGAUCCGCUCUAUCCUGCGGGAAAACUUCAGGCGCCACAUCAAGUGUGAGCUACCUCUGGAGAAGGCGUGCAAGGAUCGCCUGGUCCCACUGAAGAACCGCGUUCCGGUCUCAGCCAAAUUAGCCUCGUCCAGGUCUUUGAAAGUCCUCAGGACCUCUGCCAGCAGCGAUUGGCCCAGUGAGUCCAGCAAGGGCCACUCUCUGGACUCAGACGAGUGCAGCUUGAGCAGCGGCACCCAGAGCAGUGGCUGCCCUGUGGCUGAGAGCAGGCAGGACUGCAAGAGCGCGGCUCCCGGGAGGGACCCCCACGUUGGCCCAGCAGAGUUUCCAGACAGUCUCAUCAAAGAGAGCGAUAUUCUGAGCGACGAAGAUGAGGACUGCCACCCGACACUGAACCAGGGCAGCCCUACCAAGGACAUCGAAAUUCGGUUCCAAAGACUAAGAAUCUCUGAGGAUCCUGACCCACUCCCGGCUGACCACCAGCCGGGCACCAGGGCUGACGAGGGCCAGAAGGGAGGGGAGCAGCCCAAGCUGGUCCGGGCCCACUUCUGCCCCAUUAAACGAAAAGCAAACAGCACCAAGAGGGACAGAGCGACUCUGCUCAAGGCGCAGACUCGUCACCAGUCCCUUGACAGUCAACCCGAAAACGCCAACAUUGAUCUAAAUUUGGUUCUAGAGCGGGAAUUCAGUGUCCAGAGCUUAACUUCGGUUGUCAACGAGGAGUGCUUUUACGAAACAGAGAGCCAUGGAAAAUCAUAGUGCAGCUCGAUCCAGACUCAUGACACUGAUCCUUGACUUUUAAAAUUGGUGAAGUGGAAACUGCAGAAAGACCACUACUGGGUUUUGUGCAGUAUAUAUUUUCCCACAAAAACAUUGUAAAGAUUUAAGUUAUUUUAAUUUAUUGUGGACCAGAAAACCAGAUUAAACUGGUCAGAAUCUGUAAAUUAGUUUAUAUCCCUUUUUGAGCAGGUAUCAAAAUGAUUUAGAAUCCUUAAAAUAAAAUUUCAUUCUAAUUACUUUAAGUUAUGUGGAAAAAGUAAGGUCGGGGAAGUUGUGAUUAAUAGCUUUAAAGGGAUCCUUUUUUCCCCCAGAAGCUUCUGGGCAUUUUCUUUGAGCUGUUAGUUUUUGCUUUAUUUAAAGCAAAUUUAAGUUAUUUUAAUGUGGUUUAGGGGCACAAUGUGCAGAGAUUUCAUUUUUGUAAGGUUGUAAUAGAUGCUGUUUAUACUAAACAUGUCAUAUCUAUGCAGUAUAUAUUAAAAGAAAGCUGGUACUGUA